AUGGUUAAAAGAAAGAGCUUGGAUGACAGCGACCAGGAAAACUGCCGGGGGAUCCCGUUUCCGAUCCAAACCUUCCUAUGGAGACAGACCAGCGCGUUUUUGCGGCCGAAGUUAGGGAAGCAGUAUGAAGCCUCCUGUGUGUCAUUUGAGCGGGUGCUGGUGGAGAACAAACUCCACGGGCUCUCUCCAGCCCUCACUGAAGCCAUCCAGAGCAUCUCUCGCUGGGAGCUGGUCCAGGCUGCUCUGCCUCAUGUUCUCCACUGCACUGCCAUCCUUCUCUCGAACCGCCGCUUUGUCUUUCUCUUUGCCCCUCUCAUUAGCCGGAUCAAGGAGUCUGACCUCACCUUUCGACUAGCUGGUGGACUUGUUAUUUGGCAGCCAAUGUGGGAGCACCGUCAUCCUGAUGUUCCUGCUUUUUCUGCCCUUGUCAAACCCAUGCGUAACAUUAUUACAGCAAAGAGGAAUUCUCUAGUGAAUAACCAGUGUAGUCCUCAUGAUACCAGCAACCCAUGCCCUGCAGUGGUUUGUGAAUCAGUCCGGCCAGACUCCUCCUCCCCCUCAGCGACAGGUCAGAGCUGUCGCCGUGGCAACUCUGUAGAGAAGGGAGGGUCCUCACAGCAGGCCAUAAACAUUUUAAUUAAUGCAGUAGCUAUCAUGAAAUAA